AUGUCUUUAAAAGGUAAAGUAGCCCUAGUCACUGGCUCAUCUCGUGGAAUUGGCAAAGGAAUUGCUGUGGCAUUGGGCGAAGCUGGUGCCACAGUCUAUGUGACUGGUCGAAAACCUGAAAACGCGGAAAAAGUUGCCACUGCGACAACUUUGCAACAAGUUGCUGAUGAGAUUACCCAAAAAGGAGGAAAAGGCAUUGCUGUAUAUUGUGACCAUGGUAACGCUCAGGAUGUCCAAAAACUCUUUGAAAGGAUUGAUAAGGAACAAGAUGGUCAAUUGGAUAUACUGGUCAAUAAUGCUUACAAUGCUGUGCCAUUUCUGAUGAGGAAUGUUGGGAAGAAGUUUUAUGAGUUGAAGGAACCAGCUGAUGUUGUUUGGGAUAUUGUGAACGAUGUUGGACUGAAGAAUCACUACGUUUGUUCGGUAAAUGCGGCCAAAAUGAUGGUGAAGAAGAAGACUGGCCUGAUUGUUACUAUUGGCAGUCUGGGUGGGAUGAAGUACCUGUUUAAUGUGCCUUAUGGAGUUGGAAAGGAUGCUGUAGGUUGCUUUGUAGACGAUUAAAAACUUUGAAAGCUAGAACAUUAAACACUUCUGAAGGAUUUGUUUAUUUAAAAAUGCUGUGGAGAUCAUCGUCUUUAAACGAAAUCCAGUUUAGUAUAACGAUAAAUUUCAGGUCGACCGUUUGGCUGCUGAUAUUGGCUACGAACUACAAGGUACUGGAGUGACAAGUGUCUCGGUAUGGCCAGGAGAAGUCAAGACAGAAUAUAUCACUGAAACUGUUAUCAAAGGCAAACGCGAUGUAAGUUAUGUUUAUCAAUGUUCAAAUCAAAUGUUUUCAGCUUUCAAAAAUUUUUUUGCUUUGCGAAUUUGCACUAUUAAUUUUUUUACUAAAAAGCUAUAAAAAUGCUUUGGUAUAGGAUAUGGCCAAGUCGUUUGCCGCUGGAGAAGACCUUGGAUACAGCGGACGUGGUAUUGUUCAUUUGGCCAAUGACCCAAAGCUGAACGAGUACAAUGGAAAAGUCAUUUUGAGUACGGAAUUGGCUGAGAAGUAUGGAGUUAGAGAUCUGGAUGGAAGUACGUUUUUUGUAAUUUUAAAUUGCAUUUUUGGGACAGUAUUAUAUUCACAUUUUGUUUAGAUAUAAACUUUUUUGUAUGUUUUCUUCAUUUAUAUUAUACUGAUCUUAUCUUACAGAAAUCCCUCAACCAAUUCACUUGGAAGAGCGUCGAGAUUUUGCCAAAACCAUCAACGCUAUCAGAACUGGUGACUUUAAACAUUGA